UGAUAGUCACUGUAGGGGUUCCUGGAAAGAGAAGUGCAUAGGUCAAUUAACUGGCUCAAGCAGAUCUGUGAGGACUAGAGGAAGAAGAAUGCUCCUGGCUGCUUUGUGCUGUCUGCUGUGGAGUUUCCGAACCUCCACUGGCCAUUUCCCUCGAGCCUGUGCCUCCUCCAAGAGCCUGAUGGAGAAGGAAUGCUGCCCACCAUGGAGUGGUGAUGGGAGUCCCUGUGGCCAGCUUUCAGGCAGGGGUGCCUGUCAGGACAUCGUACUAUCCAAUGCCCCAUUCGGGCCUCAGUUCCCCUUCACGGGGGUGGAUGACCGGGAAUCUUGGCCUUCUGUCUUUUACAAUCGGACCUGCCAGUGCUUUGGUAACUUCAUGGGAUUCAACUGUGGAAAUUGCAAGUUUGGCUUUUGGGGACGAAACUGCACAGAGAAGCGACUUUUGGUGAGAAAAAACAUCUUUGAUUUGAGUGUCCCAGAGAAGAACAAAUUUCUUGCCUACCUUACUUUAGCAAAGCAUACUACCAGCCCAGACUAUGUCAUCCCCACAGGUACCUAUGGCCAAAUGAGUAAUGGGUCCACACCCAUGUUUAAUGACAUCAACAUUUAUGAUCUCUUUGUCUGGAUGCAUUAUUAUGUGUCAAGGGACACACUGCUUGGAGGGUCUGAAAUCUGGAAAGACAUUGAUUUUGCUCAUGAAGCCCCAGGUUUCCUGCCUUGGCACAGACUCUUCUUGUUGCUGUGGGAACAAGAAAUCCAGAAGCUGACCGGGGAUGAGAACUUCACUAUUCCAUAUUGGGAUUGGCGAGAUGCUAAAAGCUGUGACAUUUGCACAGAUGAGUACAUGGGAGGGCGCAACCCAGCAAACCCUAACUUACUCAGCCCAGCAUCCUUCUUCUCCUCUUGGCAGAUCGUCUGCACCCGACUGGAGGAGUACAACAGCCGUCAGGCUUUAUGCGAUGGAACUCCAGAGGGACCGUUACUGCGCAAUCCUGGGAACCAUGACAAAGCCAGGACCCCAAGACUCCCCUCCUCUGCUGAUGUGGAAUUCUGCCUGAGUCUGACCCAGUAUGAAUCGGAUUCCAUGGAUAAAGCUGCCAAUUUCAGCUUUAGAAAUACACUGGAAGGAUUUGCUAGUCCACUUACUGGGAUAGCAGAUGCCUCUCAAAGCAGUAUGCACAAUGCCUUGCAUAUCUAUAUGAAUGGAACAAUGUCUCAGGUACCGGGGUCUGCCAAUGAUCCCAUUUUUCUUCUUCACCAUGCAUUCGUUGACAGUAUUUUUGAGCAGUGGCUCCGAAGGCACCAUCCUCUUCAAGAAGUUUAUCCAGAAGCCAAUGCUCCUAUUGGACACAACCGGGAAUCCUACAUGGUUCCUUUUAUACCUCUGUACAGAAAUGGUGAUUUCUUUAUUUCAUCCAGAGAUCUGGGCUAUGACUAUAGCAACCUACAAGAAUCAGAACGGGACAUUUUUCAAGAUUACAUUAAGCCCUACUUAGAACAAGCAAGUCGGAUCUGGCCAUGGCUCAUUGGGGCUGCUGUGGUAGGCUGUGUCGUCACUGCUGUGCUAGGAGGGCUCACCAGCCUAUUCUGUCGGCGCAAUAGAAAGCAGCUCCCUGAAGAAAAGCAGCCACUCCUCAUGGAAAAGGAGGAUUACCACAGCUUGUUGUAUCAGACCCAUCUAUAAAAGGCUUGGGUGAUAGAGUAGAGCCAACAAGGUUGACCUCAUUUUAACUCAAAUGAUGUUUAAGUCCUCAGAUGUCCCCAAGAGCCGUUCCUGGCAUUUUUGUUUAUGAAGACUAUUAUCAGGAUCAUCAGCUAGUACAAAAGGUACCCCUCUUCUAAUGCAGGUAGACCACACCUGUGCUUGCCUCACUGCCAUUUGAUCAUUCCUUUGAUAGCUUUCCUCAAACCCCUAUUUCUAAGAAAAGGAUGCCAUUUAGUAAUGAGUAACUGCAACUUUUAUCUCAAUGAAAGUGCUCUCAUAAAAUGUGGGAGUAAUUUUGGUCUUUUCUCCUGAUUGUUUAAUGAAAUGUUUCUUUUUUAUUGUCCCCGUUCUUUUAUUUCAAUAAAAUAAUAACAAAUUUACACUGAC